UGGAAACAAUAUGCUUCCAAAUGUCAGAGACUUAAGCACAGAAGUUGAAUCAUUACCAGAGUGUAACCAGAGAAAAUAUGGCCAAGAACGUUAAGUGUGAGGGGGUGAUGGUGUGGACUUCAGAGGGGUUCCAUGUAGAAUGGAGUCCAGAAUAUUUAUGAAUUUAGCUUUGUGCACUGGGAUAAUGAAAGAUCCUUCCCCAAAUUCCGAUGUGAAGACAUAACUGUCCUAAACCGAGGUCAGUGAAAAAUAAAACGGUGGACAGUGAGAGGGAGGAAAUAGAACAAGAGUGGAAGUCAAGAGGAAGUGAGUAUCUGCAGGUAGAGAGGAAGCCAGGUGAGAUAAUCCAACAUGUCAAGUGUUUGUUUGGACAAGGGUAGCAGCAGUGGAGCAGAGGAUUAUGGGAUUACAGCCGGUGUCGAUGGUCAUGUGAACCAGUGCGGUCAUUGCUAAACUCGUUCGGCAUCUCGCAGGAAGGAAGCUUAGCCUGGCACUGGCAUACAUUCCUACCCACACAUCUUUCCGUGUACUUGAUCACUCCUCCGGUAAAAUUCUCCAGCUUCAUUCCUUCUUUGUUUUGUCAAUCUUCAUCUCGCUUGGCUAUUCCUGACUCUUCCACCCCCUGCCUUCUCUCUUCCGGGUGUUAGGCUGCUUCCGCUGUGUCUUUUUCCAUGUCUUCACUAAUCCAUCAGAGUACUUGGAUUUUUCUAAAGAGGAAAAUGUUUGAAAUUCAGGUGAAGACACCCUGAAACCAUGUCCAGGUUGUGAGGAGAACCCAACCUUGGCUUUGAAACAUGGUUGGCUGCUGGAGCCUGAAGGAGUGAGACGCUGACAGCGAGCAGCUCCAAUGGCAUGGAACAACUCGCCACUCAAUCGAAAGCCAAAAUGGCCGCCAUUUCAACACAGGACUAAGCUAGCAGUCGUUUCUUGCUCUUCAGCUGGCCUACGAGGACGGACGACAGUUCCACGGACCUUCCUUGUCUUACUGCUUGCUGGCCUCAGCAUGGCUGCUCCGCCACAACAAGCGCGCCCGCCUCUCCUAUCCGGACAGCCUUUUAUAAUUUUUUGGGGCAUCCCAGAUUCCUCCUGCACCAUGAGGCCAGAUCCUGGUUCUUUUGGGAUGGAACGUGAGGGCCGUGUGGCGGUCUUCUAUGAGGACACGCUGGGAAGCUACCCGUAUUUUAUCGACAAAGACACGAGGGUUAAUGGGGGUCUACCGCAGCACACGCGACUGGACAGCCAUCUUCAGAAAACUCAGUUGGACUUAGAUGCAGCUUUGCCUACGCCCAGGUACCUCGGCCUGGGGGUGCUGCACUGGGCUGAGUGGUUACCGCAGUGGUUGAGGAAUCGAGAGAAGAAGGCCGUGUAUCAAGAAGCAUCGAGGAACUUGCUGAAAACUUUCUUCCCUAACUGGACACCGGAGGAGGUGGAGAAGUGGUCAAGGGUGGACUUUGAGGCAGCAGCCCAGUCCGUCAUGAUGGAAACCCUGAGGGAGAUAAGACGGCUGCGACCCAAAGCGUUAUGGGGCGUCUCCCCUUACCCGAGCUGCUACAACGGCGAUUCUGCGCUCACCGCGUUAGCCAAUUACAGCGGCCAGUGCCCCCCUGCCGAAAAGGCCCUCAACGACGAGCUUCUGUGGCUGUGGAAGCGAUGCUCCGCCCUAUACCCUCUUCUCACUCUUGAGAAGCUACAGGGCGGAACAUCCGGAGGGAAGCUUUAUUUGUCCAGUCAAAUCCAGGAGGCGCUGCGAGUUUCCUCUUUGGCCGGAGUGUCGUUCGACCUUCCCGUGUUUCCACUGGUCAACAGUGUGUACGCCUCGACCAACACUUUCCUUUCUCAGGCAGACCUGGUCAACAGCAUUGGUGAGAGCGCUGCCAUGGGAACAGCCGGGGUGGUCAUCUGGCAGAGAAGUGAGACCAGGACAGAGAGAGAAUGUCAGGACCUGGGAGAGUUUGUCCGCAAGGUCUUGGGACCUUACUCCAUGAACGUAACAACGGCAACCGGGAUCUGCUCAGCCUCCCUCUGCGAGGGAAAAGGCAGAUGUGUCCGUCAGAAUCCAGACAGCUCCACCUACCUCCACCUUCCACCACCCGCUGACGUGAUAGAGAAGGCAGACGCAGCCAAAGCCACAGACAAGCCCGAUCCAGACGCUAAGGCAGCUGAACCGGACCCAGUUGAGAUGUGGAAGAAAGACUUCCAAUGUCAGUGGUACAAGACUUCAGAUCGGGACGUCUCAGAUCAGCAGUCCCCCAAAGACGGAAUCUCUGUGGAUGGGACGCUUGAGCAAAUUUCCGGAGAGCUAGCAGGGACUUCCGCGACCUUGACAACAGAUUCCAUAACAAAGGGUGCCUCGACGAUGGAGCCGAGUGGAAGCACGUCGGCCCCACUGGCUUUGCACCGUUGCACCGUUUUGUUGUUGCUGGUGACUGCGCGUCUGUGUGUGAACUGACGCAACCUUCAGUUACAGGACCAAACUGAAGUGCCUUUAAGCAAGACUGCGGACAUAUCACGCACGUUUGGACAUAUCACGCACGUUUGCGUACAACUUUCUCAGGAUGUGCCAAUGCGCAGUGGUACUGUAACACCUGUCACCUUUUCCAUUUUACCGGUGGAAAAAGUGGUUGAUGAGCAAUCCCUAAAAAAGUCAUCAUACCACUGCCAACAAAACAGAUUCCAAAUCCAAGCAACCAUUUUUAUUGCUGCAACACACCUCCUUGAAAUGAUCAGGGCUGUUAUCAGGCUUCUGCAGAGCUUGCUGGUGAGCUGAUCAUUUGAUACAGGUGUGUUG